AUUAAUUUCGAUUUAAUUUGUAAAUUAUAAUGAUUCUUUUUAUCAAAAACCUAAGUUAAGUCUCAAGUCUGCGUAGUUUAAGUAUUUACAAAAAAAAUGUCAGAUAAAUGGGUUUGUGACACAUGUCUUGUUCCUAACGAUAGGAACGAUAAUAACUGCUCUUGCUGUGGUUCAAUAAAAGGUGCAGUAGGGACGUCGACCGUUCACCAUAACCGCGAAACCCAAGUUUUUCAACAACAGAAGGUUGUCAAAUAUACCGACGAUCCCAGAAGACUGAGGAAAAAUUACUCUCAAAAUGACCUCAAACACACCGUAGUUUUUGUCGUCGGAUCGUCUGAAAUGGACCAGCUCCCACACUCAUGUUGUGAUAAAUUCAUGAAGCCGGAGACAGGCGAAGUGGAAUCAAUGUUUGAAAGCUCACUUCCAACUCCAAUUGUAGAAUUACCAAAAAUGAGAGUAGUUGAUGUAGCUUGUGGAGCGCUACACACAGCACUGCUAACCAGUACAGGAUUAGUUUAUACGUUCGGAUGUAAUGAUAUGGGAGCUUUGGGUAGAUUAAGUAACUCAGAUCCGUCAUUCGGACCGAUAGAUUCCGAGCCAGCAGUAGUGGAUUUAAAGUACACAAUUAAGAAGGUAACGUGCGGAGACAAUCACACCAUGUUCCUCUCCUUCACUGGAAAUGUCUUUUUUACGGGUGGGUUUAAGGAUACGGAUGGUCCUAUUGGAAUUGCAAAUUACUCAAACUUUGAAACUCUUACAGCCCUGGAUUAUGUAUCAUUACCUGUAAAGGUGCCGUGCGAUGUUGAAGGUUCGACAGUUGUAACAGAUAUAGCCAGCGGAGAAAAUCACUGUGUUUUAUUGUGUAAUGGGGGUCAUAGUAUGUACACAUUUGGAAGUAAUGAGUUCAAUCAGCUCCUAAUCUGGGAUAAGUCUCAGAUCCAAAAUCCUACGGAUAACGAUGUAGACCUUAGCUUACCAUCAAAUAGGAAGUUGUUACUAACCUGGCCACAACAUAGAACAAUAACAGACGUACUUUCUUUAGCUAAAAGUAGUGAUGACCAGGAGGAUGAUAAUGGAACCACAACGCUUAGAACAAGGACUAGGAAGAGAGGUAGAACCAAUGAAGAAGUACUUGCACAAAUUUUCACUGGAAACUGUACAACAUUUUUUCAAACCAAGUCACUGAGAGUUUACGGAGCAGGAAGAAAUGCACAGGGUGAAGUUGGAGUGGGAAGUGAAGAAAAUGUGGUAACAAAGCCAAAAGAACUAUCGUUUUUCAGAGGAGUUGAGUUAACUCAUUUAUCGGGAGGCCAAUUCUUUACAAUCGCCUUGGUAAACAACUACUUAUUUGCAUGGGGAAAAGUACAUUACUUGGGUAUAUCUGAAAGUUACCAUAACCCUAAUUACAAUCCUCACUCACACUUGAGGGUGAAGGAAGAGGAAAGAAAGUUUUUUGUAAUGCCAACACCGGAUUACGGGGAAUACUCGUCAAGUAAGAGAAGGAGGUUAGAAGAAGUAGGGCACGAAAUGGAUAAUCUGGAUGUGACUGAAAAACUUUUAUCAUUGGAUUAUGAAAGUGCUUAUAAGAGGGUCCUAAAAUCAGGAAAGUCGACAACGCCACUCCUGGUGGAUUUCAAAGACCCGGUCAAGACAGUAUUUCAUGGCUCAGAUAGUAUUUUCGCAACAACCUAUGAUGGAACUUUGUACGCAUGGGGAUCAGCCCAAAACUACACGCUGGGGAACGGAAAAGACUAUUUCUUUCAGUAUUCACCUGAACCUGUGCCGCCAUUUCACUACAUGCACUGUAAGAUUACAGGUGGAUCAGGAGGGUCACAACACACAGUCUUUUUGGGAUUGAAGAAGAGAAGUAUGAGCCACGCAAGGUCCAGAUACUAGAUUAUCCCUUACCAUAAAGGUGAACAAUCUACCAUUUAACCUGUGUGAUAAACUAAUGUCAUAGAAAUAUAAA